CUCUCUCAUUCUCUCUCUCUCUCUCUCAAAUUAUACACUCUUGCAAAAUCCCACUAAAAAAAUCUCUCUCCCGAUCUCUAGAUUUGGUAGAGUUUUUAUUUUUUUUCUCCCACUCUCUCAUUAUAAAAUACAUAUAUAUGGAACAUUUAUUUUAUAUCUAUACAGGUAUCUCUUUCUUUAUUUUGUGAUGCCCUUUUGUUCCCCUUGUUAAAUACUUUCUUGAAGCUCAAGCUGAAUUUAUUUUAGCUUAUUUGAAGAAGUUCUUGGUUUUUUUAGCUCAAUCUUCUUGAUUUGCUUUGAGCUAGCCCUUUUCAUUCUAUCGUUUUUAACCCUUCAUUCGAAAAUCGUACGGAAAGUUCUAGCGAUUUCCAGAGUUUGAUUGAUCCGAGCUGAAAUGUCGAUGGAAUUGACCUCCGAACGUGUUUGUUAUGUUCAGUGCAACUAUUGCAACACCAUUCUAGCGGUUAGUGUUCCAUAUGGCAAUAUGCUGACAUUUGUGACAGUGAGAUGUGGGCAUUGUGCAAAUUUGCUGUCAGCUAAUAUGGCUGCUUUGCUUCAGUCAGUUCAUCUUCAAGAUUUUCAGCUCCACAAACAACAGUCAGUCACGGCCAAUAAAGACGGUGGAUCAUCGUCAAAGUGCAAUAGAUUCGGACAGAUGCAAACUGAUUACGAACAACCUAAGACGCCUCCAAUACGCCCUCCUGAGAAAAGGCAACGUGUUCCAUCAGCUUAUAAUCGUUUCAUAAAAGAGGAGAUUCAAAGGAUAAAAGCAAGUAAUCCCGAAAUUAGCCAUCGCGAAGCAUUUAGCACCGCAGCCAAAAACUGGGCACAUUUUCCUCAUAUUCAUUUUGGACUAAAGCUGGAUGGCAAUAAAGAAGCAAAGAUGGACCAUUCAGUUGCAGGACAAGGGAUACAGAAAUCUCUGGGUUUCUAGUUAUAAAUAUUAAGUUAAUUUUCACAAAAAACAAGGGUAAUUAAAAAAAAAAUAUUUGCAUUGUCUUUUCAUCCCAGAAAAAAAAAAUGAUGAUUAAAAUUUUGUGGCUUUGUGAUCCCUCUUAUUUAAACUAAGCAUUUUCAUUAUUGAUAAAUAAUAAAUAUGAGGGACUUAAGGCCACAAAAUUUUCNGUUUCCCUUGUAAUAAUAAACUUAAUUUAUUUUU